CCUAAACUCUCCUCAUUUCUUCUUUUAGUUUCUUAUCACAAAUUCAAACACCAGUUUCCAUCUCUUCAUCUUGCAGACAGUGCUUGCUAGUAGAAUCAACUGUCAAGAAAUCCAGAAGACCCUCAUAUCACUAAUUACAGUCAAAACCAUGCCAGUGGGAGACGUCUUCCUUGGUGCUUUUCUUCAGGUGUUGUUUGACAGAUUGGUGCCGAGUAAGCUAUUGCUCUUUCCAUGUGAAGAUGGGAUACGUUCAGAGUUGAAGCAGUGGAAGAGAAAGUUUUCAAUGAUCAAGGCAGUGCUCAACGAUGCCGAGGAGAAGCAACUAAAGAACGAGGCUGUGAAAAUGUGGUUGGAUGAUCUCCAAGACUUGGCUUAUGAUGUGGAGGACAUCCUGGAUGAGUAUGCCACUCAGGUUCUAGAGCGGGAAUUGAUGACGGAACAAUCGACAAACAGAAUUGCUGAUUAUUUCUCUUCUUGGACUCCAAGUGCUCUGAUUUCCCAGGCUGAUAUGAAGUCCAAGACAGAAGAGAUAACUCGACGUUUAGAAGAUCUCUGUGAAGAAAAGAAUGAUCUUGGUCUGAAAGAGAUUGCUGGAGGCUCAUCUACUGUUGCAUGGCAAGGACCACCUAGUACAUGUGUCCCAACUGAACCAGCAAUAAUCGGAAGAGAUGCCGAUAAAGCCAAGAUACUUGAGAUGGUGUUAAGCGAUAAGCAGAGUGGUGGCAGCUUUCAUGUAAUACCCAUUGUUGGGCUAGGAGGAGUUGGCAAAACAACACUUGCUCGGGAGGUAUACAACGACAAGGCAGUGGCAGAUUUCAAUCCAAGAGCAUGGACGUGUGUCUCGGAUGAUUUUGAUGUUCUGCGUAUCUCCAAGGCUAUUUUUGAGUCGAUCACUGCAUCAACUUGUACUCUAACGAACUUAAACGAAGUACAAGUUCAGCUGAAAAAUAAGAUAGCGGGGAAAAAAUUCUUGCUAGUCUUGGAUGAUGUUUGGAGUAAGGAUUAUGACUUGUGGGAAGCCCUAAAGUCUCCAUUCCUAGCUGGAGCACCAGGAAGUAAAAUAAUUGUAACUACACGCAGCAAAGAUGUUGCAUCAACAGUGGAACUAGAAGCAUGCUAUAACUUGGAGCUUCUGCCAGAGGAUGUCUGCUGGGCCAUAUUUGAGAAGCAUGUAAAUGGGAGUAGAGUUAUUGCUGCAGGGAAGAAUAUGGAAUUAAUUCGGGAGAAGGUUGUUAAAAAGUGUAAAGGCUUGCCGUUGGCAGCAAGAACGCUAGCUGGUCUUUUACGCUCUAAGCAAAAAUAUGAUGAAUGGUUGGAUAUAUUGGAUAGCGAAAUUUGGGAUUUGCCAGAGGAAAGUAAUAUUCUCCCUGUCUUAAAAUUAAGUUAUUAUCAUCUUCCAUCACAUCUUAAAAGAUGUUUUUCUUAUUGUGCAAUUUUUCCUAAGGAUUAUGAAUUCAAGAAGGAAGAACUUGUACUUUUGUGGAUGGCAGAAGGAUUUAUUCAACAAUCAAACCAUAAGAAGCAACUAGAAGAUCUAGGAGGCAAGUAUUUUUGUGAGUUAUUGUCAAGGUCAAUUUUUCAAAAAUUGAGUAAUGAUGGUUUGAAAUUUGUGAUGCACGACCUUGUCCACGAUUUGGCCCAAUGGAUUUCUCUAGAAACAAGUUUUAGAUUUGAGAAUGAAUCGAGUGCCAUGCAAAUAAAAAGAUGUGAAAGGAUUCGACACUCUUCUUACACAUUUGGAAAGUAUGAAGUUGGGAAGAACUUUGAAGUCUUCUGUGGAGUUGAGCAGCUACGGACGUUCCUAAAAGUAUUGGGGCCAUCAGAGUCAAUAAAUGACCUGAGUUACGUAAGUUUGUCAAUCUUUCCCAAUUUAUUGUCAAAGUUUAAAAAAUUGAGAUCACUAUCUUUAACAAACUAUUGUGCGAUUGAACUACCCGACUCAAUUGGAGAUUUGAAACAUUUGAGGUAUCUUAAUCUUUCUCAAACUCAAAUUACAAAGCUACCUGAGUCAACAAGUUCACUAUUCAAUUUACAAAGUUUGUUGUUAAGACGUUGUUCUUAUCUCAAAAAGUUGCCUUUACAAAUAGGAGAUUUGAUCAAUCUUCGCCAUCUUGAUAUUAGAGGUGCAAGACUUAUAAGAGAAAUGCCUUUGGGAGUGAAAAAACUGAAAUGUAUUCGAACCUUAUCUAAUUUUGUUGUGGGUGAAGGUGUUGUAUCUAGUUUGAAAGAUUUAAAAGAAUUAAAGUUUAUUUGUGGAAAACUUUAUAUUUCCAGGUUAGAGAAUGCAACUGAUUGUCAUGAAACAAGAGAUAUUAUAUUGUGUGAUAAGAAGGAUUUGGAAGUGUUAGUGUUAGAAUGGAGUUCUUCCAAUGCCUCACGAGACGAAAAAGUAGAGAAAAUUGUUCUUGACAUUUUACAACCCCAUACAGAUCUUAAAGAGCUCACAAUCAAUAACUUUUGCGGCAAAAAAUUUUCAUCUUGGAUAGGAGAUCCAUCAUUCUCUAAUAUGGUUUCUUUGAAAUUGGAUGGCUGUGAAAAUUGUAAGACCUUGCCUUCGAUUGGGCUACUAGGCUCACUUAAAAACCUCACCAUCAAGGGGAUGAAAAUGCUUGAAAAAAUAGGCUGUGAGGUUUAUGGGGAGAGUUGCUCAGAAUCUUUUCAAUUACUAGAGACUCUUCGUUUUGAGAAUCUGCCAGAAUGGGAGCAUUGGGAUCCUUUUGAAGAAAAGGAGCAUGCUGAAAGUUUCUCUCGUCUCAAACAGCUUUCCAUAUCACAAUGUCCUAAACUCUCUGGAAGAUUACCUACCCAUCUUCUUUCAUUAGAGAAACUUGGGGUUAGAGAUUGUCAGCAAUUGGUGGUUUCGUUCACAAGCCUUCCAAUGCUCUGCCGUUUAGAAAUAGAAAGAUGCAAAGGCGUGGUAUGCAAUAGUCCAAUUGACUCCCAAACAUUGAACCCUCUUCCUUCAUUGGAGACUGUUGUGAUUGAUAAAUGCGAGGAAUUAGGGAUUUCUCUCUCAAUCCUUCCAGUGCUCCGCUCGUUGGAAAUAAAUAGUGAAGAAUCAAAUGUUCCAGGGUUUAGAAGUUGGACCAGGGAGGGAUUUCAUAAAUUAGAAACUCUGUCAAUUGUUGGCUGGGAAGAGCUCACUCAUUUGUGGGGAAAUGAGAUUUUUCUUGAGAAGCCACUACAAGGUUCCCAGAGCUUCACCUCUCUUAAAGAGCUAUGCAUGAGAGAGCUUCCGAAUCUUGUUUCGUUUCCAGAUGGUUUGCUUUCCAUUCCGACAAAAGUUGAAAUUAGUAGAUGUCAUGCUAUUACAUCAUUACACGGGGGGUUGAAGCACAACAAUGCUCGUGUUGAGCACUUGGGCGUCUAUCGUUGCAAUUCUCUAUCAUUCAUUGUGAGAGGCCAACUACCUUCAUCUCUAAAAACCCUUUCGAUAGCCGAAUGUGAAAAAAUGGUGUGCAUUUGGGCGGAUACUGGUACUUCUUCUCCACCUUCUUCUUAUGCAUUGGACAAUACCACCACAUCUCUUCUCUGCAAAUUGGAAAUAUAUCACUGCCCUUCUCUUACGCACUUAUCAUCGACAUACCAGUUAGCUCCAACACUCACAGGGCUUAUAAUUUGGUAUUGUCCAAAUCUCAGGACGUUACUAUCUGGAGGACAGUCACCUAAGGCAGAGUCAAUAGUAGAGAGUUUUGACAAUUACAAGUCUCCUGGAUCAACUCUGGAGGGCCAAUAUACUCUUCCCAAGCUUAAUAAAAUUUAUAUUUGGGCAUGUUCCAGUCUUGUUUUGGGCCGGGAAAUUGUGCUUUCUAACAAUAAUUUAGAAGUUAGUAUCCGUGGAUGUGAGAAGAUACAAGGCCUACCAAGCCGCAUGCACACCGUCAAAUCUGUUGAACACGUAGCCAUAGGGGGAUGUCCAAGCAUGGCAUUGUUUCCAGAAGAAGAUAUUCCCACCAAUAUAACGUCACUUUCCGUUGAUGAACCCAAAAUCUACAACUCACUGGCUGGGUGGGGCUUCCACAAACUCACUUCUCUUAGAAGACUCACAAUUAGUGGAUGCCAAAAUGCAGUGUCUUUCCCUGAGGAGGAGAUGGGAAUAAAGCUGCCAUCCUCUCUCAUUCAAAUGGAUAUUAUAGGAUUCCCAAAAUUAAAAUACCUAUCUCCCAAGGGUUUCCAAGAUCUCACCUCUCUUGAAUAUUUGCAGAUUAAGGAUUGCCCAAAUCUCACAUCUUUGCUAGAUUUUCCAUCUUCACUUUUGCGACUACGUGUUGUUCGUUGCCUAAAUCUUACAUUCUUACCAAACCUUCCAUCCUCACUUCUGCAACUAAGUGUUUCUCAAUGUCCUUUGCUGAAACAACGUUGCAAAAGGGAUAAAGGACAAGAGUGGCCCAAGAUAACCCACAUCCCUCUUGUUGUGAUAGAUAACAAAUUCAUUUACGAUCCAGAAGAAGAAGAAUGA